AUGUCGAACUAUACGCCGCUGUACGUUGCCAUGGCGGCCUUGAUGAUCGACGGGGUCAUCGAGGUCGGGUUUGUUGGAUCGAUGGUUGGGUUUUUGCACGACCGGGCUGGCAAGUUUUUCACCAUCGACGCCCCCAAUGGCAGCUUCGACCUCCACGGCAAGCCCAAGGGUCUGCUCGUCAAUCAAGGACAUGCAAGCAACGGCGCUGCGGGAACUGCCAUUGUGCUGGUUGGCUUUUUGGGGUUGCUCACCAUUUGGUACGAGAAGCGACGAGCCAGAAGGACACAAGCCAUCAACCACUCUGGCAUCUUCGUCUUUUGGGUCGUCAUGACGGUGCUCUCGGCCCUUCUCACUCUGUCGGCACUGAUCUAUACCUUUGUGGUCACCAACCAGACCGACGACCAAACCAUCAAUCUCACAGUCGCCGCGGCCAACGCUGAGCCCAGCAUGUACCCGCUGGACGACUGGACGCCGGAAAACUGGUUCGUGGCCGUGCUCGCCCUGCCCCUCGCGCACGCCAGCGACCGUCGCGACAUCCGCAACCACCUUCGUCUGAUGAGAGGGUGGAGAUGGAACCUUAUCCCGCUGUUCAUCCUCGGAUUGACCGUGGCCGCCCUGGCCAUUUGGGAGUUGGUUAGUGGACGGCGGUGGAGGCAGGGCGAUUCCAAGGAGAAGCUCCGCAACUCGACGCAAAGCCAGAGUUAUUGA